AUGUCUCGUUUCGCCGGGCGCAAGCUCGAUGCUAUAUGGUUCGCUUUCUGCGUCCCAAUCUCACUCCUCCUAGACUGCCAAUCCCUCUACCCCCCCGCCCUCGUCCCAGCCCCCUUGAAAGAGUUCUUGCUCUGGUCCGCAGCCCUCACGCGCGACCCCAUCCUCCUCGGCGCGGCGAGACCAGAGUUUGGAUGGUUGAGGAGUUUCUUUUGGUUGGAGGCGGUGUUUCAGAUACCUUGUUUUGUUAUUGGGGCUUGGGGGCUUUACUAUAAUGACAAGCGAGUCUAUCCUCUGCUCAUAGCCUAUGGCGCAUCAACAGCCACCACCCUCCUCCCCUGCCUCCAAAUCAUCCUCUUCCCCACCCCUUCGUCCAUCACCCAGCCACCCCACACCACCGCCGAGAUCAUGAACCUGUUGUCAGAGUAUGUCCCGUUUUUGGUGAUACCGUUGGGGAUGGCGGUGGAUAUGGGGUGGAGGGUGGUGAGGAUUUUGGGGGAGGUGGAUGGGGGGAAGAAGAGGGUUUGA